AUGGAUUCUGCAGCGAGUGAGAGGCUGAGUGUGUUUGUGGGAGCCCAGUCUGCAGCGAGUGAGAGGCUGAGUGUGUUUGUGGGAGCCCAGUCUGCAGCGAGUGAGAGGCUGAGUGUGUUUGUGGGAGCCCAGUCUGCAGCGAGUGAGAGGCUGAGUGUGUUUGUGGGAGCCCAGUCUGCAGCGAGUGAGAGGCUGAGUGUGUUUGUGGGAGCCCAGUCUGCAGCGACCCAGUCUGCAGCGAGUGAGAGGCUGAGUGUGUUUGUGGGAGCCCAGUCUGCAGAGAGUGAGAGGCUGAGUGUGUUUGUGGGAGCCCAGUCUGCAGCGAGUGAGAGGCUGAGUGUGUUUGUGGGAGCCCAGUCUGCAGCGACCCAGUCUGCAGCGAGUGUGAGGCUGAGUGUGUUUGUGGGAGCCCAGUCUGCAGCGAGUGAGAGGCUGAGUGUGUUUGUGGGAGCCCAGUCUGCAGCGAGUGAGAGGCUGAGUGUGUUUGUGGGAGCCCAGUCUGCAGCGAGUGUGAGGCUGAGUGUGUUUGUGGGAGCCCAGUCUGCAGCGAGUGUGAGGCUGAGUGUGUUUGUGGGAGCCCGGUCUGCAGCGAGUGUGAGGCUGAGUGUGUUUGUGGGAGCCCGGUCUGCAGCGAGUGUGAGGCUGAGUGUGUUUGUGGGAGCCCAGUCUGCAGCGAGUGAGAGGCUGAGUGUGUUUGUGGGAGCCCAGUCUGCAGCGAGUGAGAGGCUGAGUGUGUUUGUGGGAGCCCAGUCUGCAGCGAGUGUGAGGCUGAGUGUGUUUGUGGGAGCCCAGUCUGCAGCGAGUGAGAGGCUGAGUGUGUUUGUGGGAACCCAGUCUGCAACGAGUGAGAGGCUAAGUGAGUUUGUGGGAGCCCAGUCUGCAGCGAGUGAGAGGCUGAGUGUGUUUGUGGGAGCCCGGUCUGCAGCGAGUGAGAGGCUGAGUGAGUUUGUGGGAGCCCAGUCUGCAGCGAGUGAGAGGCUGAGUGUGUUUGUGGGAGCCCAGUCUGCAGCGAGUGUGAGGCUGAGUGUGUUUGUGGGAGCCCAGUCUGCAGCAAGUGAGAGGCUGAGUGAGUUUGUGGGAGCCCAGUCUGCAGCGAGUGAGAGGCUGAGUGUGUUUGUGGGAGCCCAGUCUACAGCGAGUGAGAGGCUGAGUGUGUUUGUGGGAGCCCAGUCUGCAGCGUAUCGACUCUGA